CGGACGCCACCUAUCCUCAAAUAGUCGACGCCGUCGGCAUUUCGGCCAGCCCUCCAGCUUUGGCCCGUUCAAGUCGAUCGCCUCCGUGAAAAAUUAAAAAGUCGCCACCGCUCUCCCCUUUCUACAAUCCUCCGAUAUUUCUUCCUGAUCUAAUCCCGCUGUUUGAUCGCGUUUCUAGGAGAGGAAGGAGGAAGGAACGUCAGUGCCAAAUCCAUUUUUUCCAAGUUAUAUGCCUUUCUGAAAAUGACUGUUGGAUCCUCCUUCCCUUUGCUCCAAGAACUAUGUGUUGCCCAAAGCUUUCCUCAUAAUUGUCAACCUAAGAACUUCAGAUCAAAGAAAUGGAACCGAGUGAAGGUCUCUCUCCUUUCUUCUAAUGUUUUGAGAAAAGGUGCUUGGACUGCUUAUGUUUCAAACAGGACAUACAAGUCAAGGUUUUGCUUUCCAUACAAACACAAUGUUUUCAGAUGCCAGUCUUUUAAUCUGCCAAGCACUGGAGAUGUAAUCCCUCAUUUAAAAUAUACCACUCUGGCUUUGGCUAGAUCUUGCAAUGCUUUGCUUGGAAGUAAUUCUUUUCAAUUAAUCCCUGCUGUCGGACUUAUUACUUUUUCUAUUUGGGGUCUUGGGCCAAUGAUGCGGUACCUUAGAAGCCUAUUUGAUAAUGAUAGUAAUUGGAAAAAGAGCAAAACAUACUAUAUUUCAACCUCAUAUGUUAGACCACUGCUCAUUUGGACUGGAACCAUGCUUAUCUGCAGAUUUUUGGACCCUGUAGUUCUACCCUCGGAAGCAAGCCAAAUAAUUAAGAAACGUUUUCUGAACUUUGUAAGAUCCUUAUCAUCAGUAUUGGCCAUUGCCUAUUGUUUCUCAAGCUUCAUUCAGCAGUCACAAAAAUUCUUCACCGAGACUAGUAGUACUGAUGAUACAAGAAAGAUUGGUUUCCAGUUUGCUGGAAGAGCUGUAUAUACAGCAGUAUGGAUUGCUGCUAUUUCAUUAUUCAUGGAGCUGCUGGGAUUUUCUACCCACAAAUGGGUCACUGCUGGUGGACUUGGAACAGUUCUGCUGACUCUGGCUGGUCGUGAAAUAUUUACAAAUUUUCUUUCAAGUGUGAUGAUACAUGCAACUCGACCAUUUGUUGUCAAUCAAUGGAUUCAGACUAAGAUUGAGGGCUAUGAUGUUUCUGGUGUUGUAGAGCAAGUUGGCUGGUGGUCUCCGACUAUCAUAAGAGGUGAAGAUCGUGAAGCAGUUCAUAUUCCUAAUCAUAAAUUCACUGUUAAUAUUGUGAGAAACCUCAGUCAGAAGACACAUUGGCGGAUUAAGACCCAUAUGGGGAUCAGUCAUUUGGAUGUUAAUAAAAUUAGUAACAUUAUAGCAGAUAUGCGAAAAGUUUUAGCAAAAAAUCCUCAAAUAGAACAACAGAGGUUGCACAGAAGAGUUUUUCUGGAUAGUGUUGACCCAGAAAAUCAAGCUCUUUUGAUUCUUAUAUCAUGCUUUGUCAAGACCUCACAUAUUGAGCAGUACCUCUGUGUAAAGGAAGCUGUUAUGUUAGAUCUCCUCAGAGUUAUCAGCCAUCACAGAGCUAGGCUUGCAACUCCUAUUCGUACGGUCCAAAAAAUAUAUCGUGAAGCAGAUGUGGAAGACACUCCCUUUUCAGACAGUGCUUUCAGACAUUCUGCUACAUCCCGUCACCCAUUCUUUUUGAUUGAUUCUCAAUCAAGAUUCAACAGUGAAGACAAGGCCAAACUUCGCACAAACCAAGAUCAGGUCAAUAAGACUGCUGCUACAACAGAGAUCAAGUCGUCUCCAUCUCCGGGCGGUGGAAUCUCAUCCAGGCACCAAAAGAAGGCUGAUACUGGAGAUGCUUUGCCUAACAACAACAAAACGGGCACUGCAGCUACACUCUCAUCCAAUUCUCCAUCCACGACACAGCAUCAAGACCAAGAUACAGAAGAACCAACUCCAAGAGUACUUAGCCAAAAACCCUCCGCAUCUGAGGUUGCCGAGCGGUUUGAUGCAAAAAAUGAAGUAGAAAAGAUGUCAAUCAAGAAACAGCAAGCUCCCAAGCCAGUGUUUGAAGAUAACAUUGUCCUUGGGGUGGCUCUUGAAGGAUCAAAGCGCACACUCCCUAUCGAAGAAGGAAUAGAUGCAUCUGCACAAUCAGAUACAAAUGAGCUUGCCACUGCCUGGAAUGCUAAUGUACCUACUGCGACUUCUAAGGAGAUUAGAGGAUCAGUUGACAAGAGGGACCAUGAAACCUGACCAUGGCACACCAGCUCGAGGUGACUAGACCAAAUCAACGAUUUUUUUUCUUGUUGAAUUGAGUUGAAUAGAUGUUUAUAGCUUGAUCAAACAGUGGAUUCCGAUUUGUAUGUUUUUGACUUUUGAUGAUCAUUGUAUACAGGAAAUAGAUGAAUUACUUUUCAUCUUCCUAUCACUAAAUUGUUUCUUAAAAAAAAUCAAAUUGUGAGUUGAAAAAUAAAA